AGUGUGUGAAGAGCCGCUCGCGCAGGAACAGCUGAAAAAGGAAAACAAAGCCACGACGACGCAACACAUCGCCAAAUGAAAUAAACCCAGAAAACGAGAGACAUCUUCCUCCGCCGAAUCCCACUGCGUCGCUUUGACGAUACCGAAAAGCCUUGAUCCAGUCACUCCCACAGAUCAGAGGAUGGGCCGUAUCUUCUUGGACCACAUUGGCGGGACCCGCCUCUUCUCCUGUGCCAACUGUGACACCAUCCUGACUAAUCGCUCUGAGCUCAUCUCCACACGCUUCACCGGCGCCACGGGCAGAGCGUUUCUCUUCAAUAAGGUGGUGAACCUGCAGUACAGCGAGGUGCAGGACCGGGUGAUGCUCACCGGCAGGCACAUGGUGCGAGACGUCAGCUGCAAGAACUGCAACAGCAAGCUGGGCUGGAUCUACGAGUUCGCCACCGAGGACAGUCAGCGGUACAAGGAGGGCCGCGUGAUCCUGGAGAGGGCGCUGGUGAGGGAGAGCGAGGGCUUCGAGGAGCACGUCCCCUCGGACAACUCCUGAGCCCCUGGACGGUGGAUCAGCUGGUUGCCGGGAGGCUCGCUCGCCGCCCUCCCCUCCCUCUCCUCCACCCCCUCGCCUCUGCGCCGCACGCCACAACCCGCAGACUUUGUGGUCGGUGAAGUUCUGACUUCACCCCCCUCCCCACAGCUCCUCCCCUGUGACUUCACACCUGCUGAUUAGACGAUCGGUGCGCCGGGUCCGUUCUCACCGAAUCACCCCCCACAAAAACACUCCUCGAUUUAUCCGUCACGGGGCCGUCCUCCCUAAAAAAAAACAUCGUCGGGACACCGUUAAAGAGACGCUGGUGCACAGUCACACACAGUUUCCACCUUCACACAGCAUGCAGCACCACCUCCAUGCAUGUGUAAUAAACCGGUCAGUCAGCUGCUUGUUUUAUUCACCCAGACAGCCGGAAGCAGCUGAUCGUCACACGCCGGUGAAUGAUUUUUGUGGUAUUUGUGCUUCCCUGUGGUGAACCUAAGCCUCAGUGUAUUUGUCACUGGUCAGCACCAAAUGCAGUUAAAACACAGUUGCUGUCACGUCUGUAUCACUUAGUUUUUCUUAGCUUGUGGUUGAAUCGAUAUUGUGUUGGGAGGGGGGAAAAAAAAAAAACUCAUCCAAAGGAAACCAUGAGGACCGCACAGAUUGAUGUCAUAUUUAAAUAUUUAUGUUGUGCUUGACCGUGACAGUUAUUUCUUUACAUCUGGUUGACAUGAUGUGCAUUUCUUUAGAUUUAUCUCAACAUUUCUUGGUUGAAUGCUGCAGUGCGCGGUGUGGGAGCGGCAUACCGGCCAGGUUCCCGUGCGAGGAGCGUCGCGUCGCCGCGGUGACUCGUCGCAGGCUCGUAGCUUCCGGCCGUUUGUCAUCGGCGUGACGGCGACGGAGCGCGUCCGAGACGCGAGGGAGACGUCCUCUGGCUGCCUUUGGGGCAGCAUUAUGAGAGGAUGUGUCACGGAGGCCGGUGACGGUGAGGGGACAAGAUAUCUGGAAAUCUCAGGCAGUAGAGGUGUGUGCACACUCUGCAGGAACAGGGACAUUUCACUCCCAACCUUUUAUCAAAGAUUAUUCGGGAGUCGGGGUAUCCUGUCCAGAUCCAAUGACUUUCUUGAUCUUUCAACCUUUAAACAAAUUUUUCUCUCAAAUCUGACAAUUUGAUCAAAUCAACACCGAAUUAAACGCGAUUCAGCUGCUGGAACCUUUUUAAAAAAAAAAAAAAAAAAUCUGUAUUAAGGUGUUUUUGUUCAAAAGUUGACUUGACAACACAAAGCCAGGCCAGCUGUAAUGGGAAUUCAUCUUUUAGUGUCCUUUGACUUGGCCUGAACCUCUAUUUUAUACUGUCAAAAUGUUAAAGAAGGAAAAAAAAAAAAGUUUCCUUGACAUUUAAGGUUAAUUUGCCCCUGCCGUAGCGUUGUGCCAUGUCAGUGUGUGGCUGCCUGCAGCCCUCA